CCAUCCAACCAAACGUACCUGGAUCACCCAGAGCCAUCGAGUCCCCGUCCACCCUGCUCAAAACACAACGCUGCCUCAAACACCGAACGUCCAUAAAGGUGGUAUCAUGUGGGAACGGAUCCUCUGUUGUUUGGCCUUCGCCUUCCUCUUGGUGGCUUCCUCUGCGGCCUCGACGGAGGACCACGGUGGUGAGCAUCAUUCAGCCGAUCAUCAUCUACACCCCGCUCUGAACGAGUCCCAUGACGUGGCGAACAGGUCCUACCAGAGACUAGCGAGAAUCAACGCCGACUUCGCCUUCGCCCUGUACAAGAAGCUGAUCAGCCAGGCCGACGCCAAGGGCAAGAACAUCUUCUUCUCUCCGCUGAGCAUCUCCAUGGCACUGUCCAUGCUGGCCCAGGGCGCCAAGGAUGAGACCCAAUCAGAGAUCUUCAGCACUCUGGGUUACGGUUCCCUCACCGUCGAUCAAGUCAACGAAGCCUACGAGCAAUUACUAGACGUCCUGGGUCACAGUCAGGACGCCAUGCUGCUGGAGACGGGAGGAGCUCUGGCUGUCCGAGAGGGAUUCAAAGUGGUCGAGAAGUUUCUGAAGGACGUACAGCAUUUCUACCACGGAGAGGCCUUCAGCGUGGACUUCUCCAAACCUGAAGUGGCUGCGCAGGAGGUCAACAAGUACAUCGCCAAAAAGACCAACGACGUGAUCACCGACAUGGUCAAGAGUCUGGAUCCGGACACCGUCAUGGUGCUCAUCAACUACAUCUACUUCAGAGGUAAGUGGCGCAAGCCGUUCGAUGUCAAGCACACCCGCAAAGCUAGCUUCUACGUAGAUGCUAAAACCAAGGUGACCGUAGACAUGAUGACAAAGACCAGCAGAUACGAGUUCUACCAGGACCAGAACAACUUCACAUCCGUCAUCAUGGUGCCCUACAAAGGAAACAUGUCCAUGAUGAUCGUCCUGCCUGACGCAGGAAAAAUGGACGAGGUGGAGAAGAACAUCGACAUGGAGAGUCUCAUGUACUGGUACAAGAAGCUCUCCAAAAAACGAUCGGUGAAAAUUUCAAUGCCCAAGUUCUCCAUCUCAGCCUCGUCGUCUCUUAAGAAGAUCCUCACGGAAAUGGGCAUCAACGGUGCCUUUUCAGACGGCGCUGACUUCUCCGGGAUCAGUGAGGAGAUCAAACUGAAGGCCUCCAAGGUCCUUCACCAGGCGGUCCUCAAAGUGGACGAGAAGGGCACGGAAGCAGCCGGUACGACCACUUUAGAGAUGAUACCCAUGUCUCUUCCGCACACAAUGAACCUCAACAGGCCAUUUCUGGUCUUCAUCGUGGAGGAGACCAACCCCAUCGUCCUCUUCAUGGGGAAGAUAACCGAUCCCACAGCAUAGGGGCAAGAAGGUCGUGUGCAGACUUCUGAGGAAUUGCUAAGGGGCAGGUCAGCCAACAAACAUCUCAAGUAGGAGUUACAUAGUUUUGAGGUAUCUGGAGGAUCUGCUGUGGCUUCCAGAGAGCUGCAGGUCAUCUAAGUGUUGUAGACACAUAAAUUGUAUCUAGAAAUAAAAAAAGCUUUUUUUCAAGAA